UGUCGGCGAGGCGGCGGCGACGGAGACAUUUCCUAGCGGAGAAGGAGGUGAUGAUGGGGUUGGUACUAGCCCUAUCGUCUGUCCCCGCCGCUGGUUCGCACCUCGGAGCCGCCCUGCCCUACGCUUGAGCCGCCAGGGAAGCGCCAGUGGCCGGCCCGAUCGCUCGGCUUCCCCCGGCCUCCGUCUCUCCGUCCUCGAUGUCUUCCUCGCGGUGCGGAGGGCCCUUCGCCGCCUUCCCGCCCUCUCGGUCCUCGCCGACGCAGCUCUCGCGCCUCCCGGUCCGGCGGCGAGAGGCGUCUGGCCUCCCAGUCGUCAGGCCGUCGCUGCCACCCGUCCGCCCUGGCUGAGAAGCAGCGAAGGAGAGGCCGCAGGACCACCCGCCAAGAUGAAGGUGGAAACGGGAGACAACUCUAUGAUCAACCUAUCGGUGCAGCAAGUGCUCAGUCUGUGGGCGCACGGCACUGUCCUCCGCAACCUCACCGAGAUGUGGUACUGGGUUUUCCUCUGGGCUCUCUUCUCCUCUCUCUUUGUCCAUGGUGCUGUGGGAGUAUUAAUGUUUGUGAUGCUGCAGAGGCAUAGGCAGGGGAGGCUGAUCUCUGUCAUUGUGGUCAGCAUUGGAUUUCUGGGUUCUAUAACUGGAGCAAUGAUAACCAGUGCUGCCGUAGCUGGAAUUUACAGAGUGGCAGGAAAGAACAUGGCUCCCUUAGAAGCUCUAGUCUUUGGUGUCGGACAGACGGUACUGACAUUAAUUAUCUCAUUUUCAAGAAUUCUUGCAACGCUUUGACUUACGCAGAAGGAGAAAAAAAAUCCAAACAAAAAACGACCCAGAACCCAAAAGCAUUAACUGGUUUAAAGAAAUCUUAAAUGUGAAGAGAAGAUUCGUGACAGUGGAUUCGUCAGCUGACGACAGCGGUAGUGCAAGAGCGAGGGAGCGGUGAAGAGUGGAUCGGUUCUUGCUGAGCUGGAGGUUCAGUCCCAUGAGCCGGCUGCCCUCUAGUGCCUGAGCUCCCGUACUGCGCCUUACAUGCCUCGGCCACGGGCAGGGUGCUGCUCACCGUGUGGGGAGUGCAGACAGAAAGCGCCUUGAAUAGCUGCCAGUCAGGUUAACGCUCCGUGCUGGGAUUCUGGUUCUUAAGUGGUGUAAUAAAUUAAAGGGAUGCUCCUGAAAACUGCUGUGAUUGCCAAACUCGGAGUGGAAUUCUUAACUGUAGGCUGAGUAAACUUUGAAGUUAUAAUUACAGAAGAGUGCUGUGAACACAUGCUCUACUUGAAUUCAGGUAAAAUAGCAAGACAACUGACUUUUGAAUUGGCAAACUCUCUUUGAAUGCUGAAUGUUCUCAUUCAGAAUAUUCUUAUUCAAAAUGACUGUUAGUUUUGUUUCAAAAUGGAGAUAAAUUUUGAUGAGGUUUAAAAACCCCUGCUUCAGCAACACUGAUGUAAUUAGCACUGUGCAUAGAAUGGCUCAUGACAGUUUUCUGAAGCUCAAUAUGUAAUUUCUUCAUGGUUUUAGAAAUCAGCAGUUUAUGGAGACUGUAUGAGGGUUACUAAGUACAAUCUGUUGUGUAUGCACAAACUGAUCUUAAAUUGGUGCUUUCCUUGAAAUGAUUGUCUCUGAAACAUAGUGAUGGUUACCAGCCCUUCUGAAAACUUCAGAAAGGCUCCUUGUUGCAAAUAAGCUCCCUCUAAUUAUUUAAGCACUGGUAGGUCUUGUAACCCUACAUGCAUCCUUUGAAAAACACAGAAAUGACUUUGAGAACACAACUAUGAGGAAACUGGAAAGGUGUAUUCUAUAUUAGCUUUCUACUGAAAAAGUUACUACAAAAGUUUGGAAGUGGGGCAGCACUAAUGUAUUUACUACCUUGUUUCUGAACACUUUAUAUCUUUGGAAAGAUUAAGAUACUUGGAACUUUUAAAUACUUAGCUUUCCGUAGAGAUUGUACUUUUCUAGUUUAAAAAGGACAGUAGUGUUGUGCAUGUGAAAUGUCUGAAAUGUGACUGUUUUGGUGUGAGUAGAAAUUUUAAGUCUAAUUACUAAUUAUUUAUGAAACACAACAUUUAAAGGGCACAAAGUUCUGUGUGAGGAAUAAAUCAUCUUUUACAUCUUUCCUCAACUGAAUGUUUUUCAGCAGUCAGCUUUUAAGGCAGCCCUGAAGAGUAAAUUGCUCAAAGGUUUUGCUGUUAAGAUGUCAAAAAACCUUCCAGAACCGUUGAAAUCAUUGACACCUUCUGCACAGCUAAGAGGCUAUGGUUUAAAUAUAACUUACAGUCCAGUCAUAUUACUUAGUGCUUCAAAACACCAUAGUGAAUUAACCUGACUACCUUGAUUUUAUUCCACAUAAGCUGUUUUCUAAGUUCUAAGGAUGGUAAUAUUAUUUGUUUUCUUUGAAAGUGUUUAAGUCUUGUUUGAGAAAUGUACAAAGUUACAGACGUUGCAGGGAACGAGGUAAAAUAUAGGUUUAUAAAU